AUGCAGCGUCCGGGUGUCGACGGGCCGCGCCGGCCGUCCAUAGAUCCUAGCUCGACGGCUGUGGAACGGGCAACCGCCGGCAUCUCGCUGGAAGUUCUCUACGGCUUUGGCUCGGGCAAGAACCUCCGGGAUGCGGUGCUCUUCGGUGACAUCGCUGGGCAGUACUUGGCACAAGCAGUAGGACGACAGCUGGCUUUCCGGCACCUCCUCGGCGAGGAGGUCAGCUUUGCGGCGGAGAGCUGUGACGUUGAUGCGAUCACGGCAUGUGCCGCCUCGUGCAGCCGUUCAUUCCUGGCAGUCUGCCAGGUUUGCAGACCAAGCCGGUCUCAGGUUUCGAUUUAUGAGCUGGGACCGGUGGCCAGCAACCGGCCGGUGCAGACCUUGCAGGAGCUGAAUGGCCGGGAUGGCCCGGUAGGGCGGAUUACCUCUGUGGCAUUCUCUUCUGCCAGCAGGGCAAGCGGAGUUCCCGAGGAUGAAGCCUCCAGGCUGGCCGUGGCUUCCAUGGGCUACCAUGCCCAAAUCAUCGUGUUAGACUGGAGGCUCAACGAGAUCAUCAGCCGUUUCGUACUGCAGGAGGAACUGUCGAGGAUCGAUUUCAACCCGCUGGAUUCGGACAUGAUGUCCGGCUCCAGCCUGAACUCCUUCGACAUUUUCCUCAUGAGGGACCUUCCAUUAGCAGAGGAUGGCGAGAAGGAGCAGCUUGAAUCCAAAGAGAUGUUCAAGCUUCAACAGCUCGAGGAGCUUGAGGAGUUCGCAGCUGUUUUCACGGAUCAUGCCUGGCUGGCGCCGGCGAAUGGGCGAUUGGCGCUGGCUUCAGAGGAGGGAGCCAUCUUCAUUGUGGGAAGUGGCUUGGGAAUAGAGGACGCGGAGAACCGUGCUCAGCAUCUGGACAUGGACCCGGUGCCAUACUUUGUGUGCCGAAUUGCCGCCCCCUUUGGACACACUGUGAGCGAUCAGCAAGUCUUUGGCAUCAGGCCCUUCAUCAAUGGCUUCGUCGUAGCUGGUGCCAGCAGUCAAGUCGCUGUGUGGCGACUCGAGCAAGACGAGAACGAGGGCGAUGAGAAUCCGGUUGACAUUUUUGCCAUUCCGAAGUACGAGCAC